GAGUCUUUACGAAGUCUGAAGAAUCAGAUUUUAUCAUUAGAGAUGUUAAACUAGCAGUCACAGACAACGAAGGAGUCCGAAAAUUAUCGCAAAUUUUAGAAUAUCCAUCACCGCUCUCCGCGUUACUAAAAUUGAAUCGAGAUGAUAAUUUGAAAAUGAUAUUAACAAUACUAGAUGCAAAGACCGAGAAACCCAUUAAACCACAUCAAGUAUUCUUAUCCUUUAAGCAUAAAGAAAAUGGGUCACAAGUAGCAUUAAUAGUGCAAGUUCGUGAUAGUGGUAAAGCGCGUAUAGAAUUGGAUAUGAAAUCUGCACCAACAGAACUUUUAUUGGGACCGGCAAACUAUGAAGUCAACUUAAUUAUCGGAACCUUUUCACGUAACAAUUCAAUCAAAUAUCGAAUUGGCGAAGCUCAAAUAGACGUGCCUGAGAAGACCCUACCACCGCCAUCCCCAAGGUUUGGACCUCUUCCGGAAAUUCAUCAUAUUUUUGGAAAGCCUGAACGCAUGCCACCUUCAUGGCUUUCGUAUGGUUUUGUGCUAAUUGUAUUUGCUCCGUGGAUUAGUCUAAUAAUCUCGUGGUCAUACCUUAAUGUAAAUCUGUCAUUCCUGACCAAUGCACCAAACGGCGUUAUUUCCUCGAUUUGCUUUUUAGCUUCGUUGGUUGCAAUCGAGAUUCUUUUCUAUAAUUAUUGGACGCAUCUUAAUAUAUUCCAGACUUUAUCAUGGUUAUCGGGUUUGAGUCUUUUGGCCUUUUUUACCGGACAAAAAGCAUUGAGCGAUAUUCAAGGGUGGAGACUCAAAGGGCUACGGUGA